CGUUUUUGAGCCGUUUGCUGUGUCUGAUUACCUGAGCACUGCUAAUAUUGCGCUAAGUAUAUAUUACCAGAAUGUUCAAGGACUCAAGACUAAAGCUAAUGAAUUCAAAUCAGACGUUCUAUCGAAUGACUACGACGUUAUCUUGCUAUGUGAGACAUGGCUAACCGGCGCCUAUAAUGACUCUGAAUUGUUUGAUGAUCGAUACACUGUCUAUCGUCAAGAUCGUGACCGGACAUUAACAGGAAAAAAGGCGGAUGUUUAAUUGCCGUGAAGUCGAAGUAUUGUUCAGUGAGAAUGACAGACUGGGAACUGAGAGAGGAAGACAUCUGGAUUUCGCUUGAUCAGGUUAAUGGUGGUAAAUGAAGUAGUUAAUGUCAUCAAGCCUGGUGGAAAUUUUGUGCUAGUUGGUGAUUAUAAUCUAGUUGAUUCGAUAACGUGGGUUGCCGAGCCUGAUGGAUGUUGUAGUCCUCGUGACGUUGAAGGAAAUAUCGCUGAGUCGUUCGUUGAUAUGCUCUCCGUGACCGGUCUAAAUCAGUUUAAUGCCAAGCGUAAUAGGAUUGCAAGAACGUUGGAUUUAGUUCUGUCGAACGUUGACCCCGAUAAGUUAGCUAUUGACACUGACGAUGACUCAGUCUUCCUUGUGGUCAGCCACCAUCCUCCCGUCACGCUGCUGCUCGAUGUCUCUCCUCUUCGGUUUCUAGAUGAGAAACGUCCACCGAAGCUUAACUUUUUUCGUGCGGAUUAUGAUGCGAUGAGCGAUCGUUUGAAUCAGGUCGAUUGGUUUAGUGAAUUUUGUGAUCUUAACGUCGAUGCAGCAGUACAGAAAUUUUACAAUUUAGUUUCGUCAAUGUUUGACUCAGUCCCUACCGUUCGAAGUGCUGUGAAGACCUACCCUUGUUGGUUUACGAAAGAUCUGGUAAAGAUGUUAAAACAGAAGGUCCGUGCGAGGGUUAAAUUUUUACGCACGAAAGACCCUACCGAUUAUGCGUUGUUCGCUGGAUUGAGAAAAGAGUUCAAGACGCGUAAGAGACUAUGUGAAGAGGCAUAUGUUGACGACAUUGAGCAAAAGGUUACCGUUAACACUAAGGCAUUUUUCUCGUACGCCUCUUAGAAAGACAAAUUCCAUACCCAGUCAAGUGCAUUACUGUCUUGAAUCUGCUUCAGAUCCUGAUUCUGUAUGUAACCUAUUCGCGAAGUACUUCGCUAGCGUCUUCAAACACGAGAAUUUCCACGACUUUGUCGCCAAUCAACUAGCACCUGAUUUUAGCUUUAGUGAUAUCACUGUUGAUGAAGUUAGAGUAAUUC